AUGGACGACCACGACGAGGGGCAGCCUCCCGCCACCGACCCGUCGCGGCCGUCGACAGCGCGGAAGCUAGAGGAAGAGGACGAGGCGCGAUCUUCACCAGCAAAACAAAACCCCGACCAACAACACCCCACUACAGACGGCAAUGCCAACACCACCGGCAACGGCAACGCCCUCCGACCGGGAAACAUACCCAACCUCCGCCCGCCCGGCCAGACUGCCCCAGAGAACAGCUACCUCGAGAGCCCGAGCAUGAACCAACAACACUCCGACUCCCAAGCCGAGAUCAUUGUCCGCCAACACCUCCAAGACAUCGAGUCGAGUUUCACCGCCCCGCUUUCACCUCUCCCAACCACCAGCAACGGCCUCGACGACACCUUUGUCUUUGACUCUCCCUCUAAGAAACCACCCCCAGAGCGCCGCGCGCAGACAGUAGCAGGGGACGACGACAUCUCCGAACUGCCCACGCCCGACCGAUCCCAAGUCCUCCCGACGCGCAGCCUUGCCGCAUCACGCGCAUCCCACAACCAUGACGAAUCGGGGAUACAACAACCGUCUGUAGGGGACCAAUCUGUGCUGGAUGAUCAUGAGGUGGGGAACGGGACCGCCUCGCUGGAAGCGUUCUCCUCGUCCCCAGCCGCAGCGCGGUCCGUUUCCAGGGUUGCGGCGGUGCACGCGGCUUCGGUUCGGGAUGCCCGCGACGAGUCGACAACCACCACCUCGGAUCAUCUGCCAGCGCAACAGGAAGAGCAGUCGUUUGAUGACUCUUUACUCCCACCACAUUCGGAUACGUCCACGGUGCCGGCAAGUGAAGAUCAGGGGCAGGACCAGCUUGAUGAAGACCCGGGCAGCGUGGACGCGGGCAGCACACCAGGGCACUCACUUAAAUCGUCGUCUGGCAACGGUGGCAAACCCAAAUACCUCCGCAGCCGCAUCGGCAGUCAGCGGUCGUCGGUAUCGUCUCUCCUCACGGACACCGGUAGCGAUGUGACCGUGGGGAUGGGCGCAGACUACGCGUUACAGUCCGGAGGCGCGGCGCCCUCGGCCGGCAUGCCGCGGACGUUCAACCCCCUGUCCAGGUCCAUCAGUAUGGGAAGCAUGGCCAGUGGGAUUGAGGACCUCCAUGACUCGUCCGGUCCGGCGUUUGGACAUGGGCCUGGACCUGGGCACCUCGAGACGCUAGACGAAGUCGAGAGCCCACAACCGCCAUCACGACCCCGCCAUGAGCAGCAAGACCGCAGUUUACUACAUACCCCCAAGGCCAAUAAAACAGCACUCAACCCCCCAACCGACACCGUCAUCGCCCGCCACGUGCGAGACGUGCAAGUACCGGAGUCACUCGCCAAUGACUAUAGGAACCGCGGUGGCCUGACGACUCCCGGACGACCGGGUACAUCCGACGCAGGCGGGUUCGGCAUGUCCACAGCUAGCCGCCACGGACGCAGUCUAACCCUCAAAGAGCAAAGCAGCACCAUCGAGCGGCUAAGCAAAGAGAACUUCGACCUCAAGCUCAAAGUCAUGUUCCUCAGCGACCGGCUCGACAAGCUCUCCGAGGAAGGGAUUAAGGAGAUGAUCUCGGAGAACGUGGACCUGAAAACUGGCCUGGCCGUCCUCCAGCGGGAUAACAAGCAACUCCGACGACGCAAUAGGGAGUUGGAGAAGCGGGCCAAGGAUGACGAGGACCGCCCCAGCACGGCGCGGAGUACCCUGUCUGAUGAGGACCAGACGUACGACCAGGACGCGCAGGACCGGGAGGAGGAAUUGAUUUACCUACGGGAACAGCUGGAGGAGUACGCGACGGAGAUUGAGCGGCUAAGGAAGGACAGUCUGAAUAAAGAGGCUGAGAAACGCCGGAUGGCGGAGGCGGUGCGGUCGUUUAGUGAGAAGACGGGGGAGAGGUUGGGGGAUGAUUUUGAGAGGCAGGAGGAGGCGGAUGUGUGGAAGGACUUGCUGGAGCAGGAGACGGCGCGCCGGGAACAGGGCGAUGAUGAUAAUCGGCGGUUGCGGGAUGAGAAUUUCCGGUUGAAGCAGGAAUUGGGCAUGCACUCUUCCAGUGUCGGGCCCAUGCACCAUACCACCAACAUUUACAACAUCACGAAGAAGUCCCGCGAGCGCGCCAUGUCAGCUGCUAGAUCGGGCGGUGGCGCGGCGAGCGCAUCGGUGUCGGGAGCAGGAGGCGAUCACGAUUUCAACGGCUCGAUCGGCACGGGCAGCACGCUGGUGGACGAACUCCGUCGGGAAAGCGAACAGCUGCGACACGAGAAUGCGGAGUUGCGUCGCGAGGUCGGCGCGCAAACAUCAAUGCUGACGUCACGCAACCGCGAAAAGGAGCGAUUAUACCAGGAGAUCGAAGAUCUCAAGAUGGCGCAACGGCGCGGGGGGCCUGCGCCAUCGACGAUUGAUAGCCUCCUGGAACGGUCGGCGUCGCGCGCGGGGAUCCAUCACGAGCGGUCGCAGUCGCGGGCGAGUAUCGGCACGCGCGGGGCGGCGAGCACGGCGGUGGAUGAGGCGGAUUUGGAGGAGUUGGAGAAUCGGAUGGCGGAGUUGAGGGAUAAGAAUAAUGAUUUGAAGCUGCAGAAUCAGGACCUGCAGCGGGAACUGGAUGCGUGUAUGGAGGACUUUGAGGCGGCGGUGGAAGCGAAGAAACAGGCGGAGGAGUUGGCUGCGGCGUUGCAAGAGGAUCUGGAAACGGCUAUGAACGAUUUGAUGGCCUUGCAAGCUGAGCGCGACGAGGCGCUGCAGGAGCAUUCGACACUGGAAAGCGAGUUUGAGUCGUUGCGCAAAGAAGCCCAAGAAGAAAUCGAUGCGCUUGAGGGUGAAGCCGACCAGCGCAACACGGAGAUUGAGCGGCUACAACUCGACUUGAACGACCGCACCGAGAACUUCGACGCGCUCCAGGCCGAAAUGCGCAAGAUGAGCGAGGGGCUGGUGCACCUGGAAGACGAACAGGCAGCCAAGAUCCGGCGGAUCCAGCAACUUGAACAGGAACUGGCCGACGCUAACAAAGACCUGGAAGAACUCGACACCAAACUGCUCGAGGCCAACGACAAAGCCAAUCGGUUGUCGGUCCAGCAAGAGUCCAGCCAGGGGGAGAUCGCCUUCCUGCGUGAGGAACAAGAAACAGACAAGAUCCGCAUUGGCGACCUGGAAGCCGCCGUGGCCAACACCGAACAGGCGCUCCGCGAAGAAAAGGAACGUGCGAGGGAGAUUGAGAGCCGGUUGGCGGCGGAGAGGAGGCAGAGGGAGAUCGUGGCGGGCCGGGAGAAGGAGGAGGUGCAGCAGUUUGUGAAUGAGCUGAAUAAGGAGGCGUCGACGGCUAAGGACGAGGUGCGUAGGCUGAGGAAGAGCUUGAGUAGUCGGGAGGUAGAGGCCACGGAGUGGAAGGAGAGGUUGAUUGAGUUGGAGAAUAAUUUGAGGGAGGCGCUUGGGGAUUUGAGUGGGACGAGGAGUAGUUUGCUUAAGUCCAUUGCAAAACUCCAGCGCGAUCUGGAAAACACGGUGCGUGACCUCGACACCACCAAAUCCUCGCUCGUCGACAAAGACCGCGUCAUCAAACAGCGCGACGCCCUGCUCGAGUCGCAAGCGCUCGAACUCCGCAAGAUGGGCGAGGUCCUCGAUAAGGAACGGGGCGCCCACCGCAACGUCAAGCACCAGUUCGAGACGUUCCAGAAGACGCACCAGCACGUCACACGCACCGUCAGCUCCCAGGACCAGCGCAUCAUGGAGCUCGAGCAGAGCAAGUCCCAAGAUAAGAAACGGCUGUCGCAGCUCGAGAAUACCUUCAAGGACCAGCUAACCGAGCGGAAUAACCUUUUGCUUAUCUUGUGGACGCGUCUGUCUGGGCUGUGUGGGACGGACUGGGCCCAUGAUCAUAGCCUCAUCAACGGUCGCGCCCUGCCUAGUUUGGAGGCCGUGACCACGAUGUUGCCGGGUUUCAGCAAGAAUUUGAUGGCUGCCAUCAAAACCAUCGAGGGCAUGCUAGGCGGGUGUCAAAACAAGAUCAAAGCCGUGGAAAAGGAUCUCUGGCGAGAAUACCAAACGCUCGAAAACCACCUCGACCAACGCACCAAAAAGCUCGACCGGCUCGAAGCCAUCGUCCGCAACGGCAUCGUCACCGGCCAAAUCGCCCCCCACUCCACCCACAGCCUCAACGAAGCCCAAUCUCGCCUCGCCCGCCUCGAAGACGCCUACCGCCAACUCAAAGUCGAAAACCACACCCUCCGCGCCGCUGCCGACGCCCGCCGCGCCGCCUACGGCGUCUCCUCCUCUUCGGCAUCCGCCGCCGUCAUCGACCCCAACGGCGAUUCCCCAGGCGGCAGCCCUUCCCCUUCCGUCCCGACGGGCCCCAAAGCCAAAGCCAGCGCGAGCAAGAUCCCCAAGUCGGGCAGUCGUAGCGGUUUGUCCCGGCCUGUUGGGUCGUCUACGACGACCCCGACGCGCAGUGCGAGUCAGAGCCAGCAUUAUUUCCAUCAGCAGCAGCAUCAUAGUCGGCAGAGCUUGAUGGCGUCGUCGGUGGAGGAUAUUGGUGGCGGGGGGAUGCCGGCAAGGUCGCGUGGUCCUAGUCCGGCUACACCGAGGCGGAGUUUGGGCGCGGUUGGUUCCGAUGAAGAUGAUGAUACGCUUACUUUGCCGACGCCGACACAGGCGGCUAACAAUCAUCACAACGGCCACCCCCAUCCAGGCACCUCCCACACCAGCAUCCCCCCACAAAACACCUCCAGCGCCGUCGUUAACACCGGCGACCGCGGCCAGUCCAACGCCAGCAACAACACCGGAUCUAACAGUAACAGUGUCGGCGGUGCUAAUGGAAACGGCGGGAGCGGGGGUGGUGGAGAAACAAAAUGGAUGCUGCGACUGCGGGAUCUGGAGGAUAAGUUAAAGGCGGAACGGGAGGCGAGGGUGAUGGAUCGCGGGGAGGCGAUGAAGAGGAUUAGUGCGAGUGAGGUGGAGAAUGCGGCGUUGAGGGAGAAUUUGGAGAGGGAGCGGGAGAGGGGGAGGAGGAGGUAG